AUGUUUCGGAACGGUCCACCUGGUCCGAGAAAAAAAUCGAACGGUUCGGCUCGAGUGUCUCUAUUAUCAAACAUAAUGUCUACACACCAGUUUUUAACAAUACCACCUAAAAAAGCGUUUGAUGUUAAUAUAUCAACACCAAUUAAAAAUUUUAUAAAAGCUACAUUUGGUGAUAAAGAAGAUUAUUCGUCAUCAGCCGAUGGUUUAAAUUCGUUACGUGCCGACUCAUUAUUAAGAACAAAUUACAAAGAUGAAUCUGGAAAACUACUUCGGUAUUAUGAUCAAAUAACAGCAAUUGAACAUAAAUUACCCAUAACAGAAAAUCAAAUACGUAUUUAUUUCAAAUGGCAAGAUGCAUUCGUGAGUGGCGGCGGUCUAUUUGGUGGGAAACAAAAAACAUCAGGUAGUUGGAAAUUAGCAUUUGAAAAAGCCUGUGUUCUGUUCAAUAUUGGUCAUGCUUACAGUGAAAUGGCAUCAGCACAAAGUUUAUCAAUGGACGAAGGAAUGAGAACAGCUAUGAGAUCUUGUCAGUCGGCAGCUGGAAUCUAUUCCUAUUUGAAAGAUUAUGUUAAUGCAAAUUCACUAUCGGAUAGUUCAAUUGAUUUUGAACCAGCUGUCUUGGCUAGUCUAUCGUGGUUAAUGUUAGCACAAGCAGCAGAAUUAAUCUAUCUGAAAGCAUCCAGUUCUCAAAGAGAUGAAACUACCGCCAAAGUUGCUAUGCAUGCUGCUGAUUGUUACAAAGAAGCAUAUACAUCAGCUAAAACUGACAGUGCAAAAAAAAUCAUUCCAGAAAGUUAUGUUAAUGUAGUGGCGGUCAAAAAUUUAUUAUUUUUAUCGAAAGUCGAAUUACAUGCUGCAAAACAAGCCCAAGCAGAUAAAAAAUAUGGUUUACAAAUAGCAAGACUUGAGAAGGCAAAAGAAUUUGCUGAUCAAGCAGUUAGUAAGUGUUCAGUACCGGCAUUUAAUCCUACGUUACGUGCAGCACAAGAAGAAAUAAACAAAAUGUUAACAGCAGCUCGAAAAGACAAUGAUUUUGUUUAUCAUGAAAGAAUACCAGAUCAUCGAACAUUAGAUACAAUUCUAGCUCAGCAAAUCGCUAAGCCACUUCCUGUCCAAUUUCCAUUGACAACGGAUUUUAGAGAUUUAUUUGCAUCACUUGUACCAAUUGCAUUGAAUAAUGCUUUACAAACAUUCAGUUCAAAACGUGUUGAAAUAAUGAAUAUAGAAGUAAAUCGUUUACGUGAAGCAACAAAUGUUCUUAAUUCAUUCUUGGCUUCAUUAAAUUUACCAGCAGCUAUUGAAGAUAGCGGUGGUCGACAAGUUCCAGCAUCUGUACUCGAGAAAUCAAACGAUGUCAAACGACAAGGCGGAAUUAAUAUGCUAGAUAAAAUGAUUAAUGAAUUGCCGCAAUUAUUAACAAGAAAUAAAGAAAUACUUGAUGAAACUGUUCGAAUGUUAGAUGAAGAAGAACGUAGUGAUUCAGAUUUAAGAAAUCAAUUUAAAGAACGUUGGACACGUACGACAUCCCACAGUUUAACUGUUCCAUUACGUGAAGAAGCUAAAAAAUAUUUGGAAAUUAUUGAUAAUGCUAUCAAAGCCGAUAAAGUUGUCCAAGAAAAAUUUCGAAUGAAUCGUGAUUGCAUUGUUUUGUUAAGUAAACAAACGCAUGAAAUAGCUGAUGAAUUACCGUCGGCAUCGGCAGCUGGCGCAUUAAAAGAUUCGUUUGUUGUGCGGGAAUUACGUCGUCUAAUGGAAGAAGUUAGUGGUACUAAAGCUGCACGUGAAGUAAUUGAAUCAGAAUUAAAAAAUACCGAUUCUGAUAGUGUUCGUGCUCGAUUAGUAGCUGCUUUUCAACAUGGUCAACAAGAUGAAAAUAGUGUCGUUGUUAAUGAAAUUGAAUCUAUUUAUGCACCAUUGAAACAGCAAGUAAAUGAAAGUUUAUCGAAACAAGAAAACUUAGUGGAAAAUGUUCGUCGAGCAAAUCAACAAUUUCAAAAUGAAAAACAGGGAAAUGAAACAUCACAAUUACGAGAAGAAAUGUUAAAAAAUUUAGCUCGGGCCUAUGAUGCCUAUCAAGAAUUAUUGAACAAUUUAAAAGAAGGAACAAAAUUUUACAACGAUUUAACACCGUUAUUAUUGAAAUUUCAAAAUAAAGUAUCUGAUUUUGUAUUUGCACGUAAGACGGAAAAAGAUGAUUUAAUGAAAGAUAUUCAAAAGAAUAUUGUUGGUGGUGGCAGUAGCACAACGAAUUCAACUACGACAGCGUGUUUAACUGUAAAACAACUAUCUCAUCAAAUUUAUUCUUUUACAGCGCCUAUACCACACCAGCAACAGCCGUCAGCACCACCGAUCGGACAACAACCACCCACAGAUGGUGCAAAUCUUCCUUACCCAAAUCCAUAUAUGCAACCUUUUUUUCCAAUGCCACCCGGGUAUAAUCCGUAUCAAUUUUUUAAUAUGGGAGGAGCUGCACCACCUUAUCCGAUGGCAACACCGCAAUAUCCACAACAAGGCUUUGGCGUUGAAAAACCACAAUCAGCCAAUGUUAAAAAAAAAUGA